UAGAAUUCAUCAUCUUACAAUAUCCUCUACCAUUCUGCUACUCUUCUUCUUCUUCUUCUUCUUCUUCUUCCAUUGCUGAAUUCCAGCAUGGGGAAGAUUCAACUACCGGCAAUAUUCCACGUCGUAGCCGUACUUGUAUCGGCCAUAGUCAUAACUAUUCCGGCAACCGUCGUGGUGGCUGUCCCGUUAGGCCGCCUUGUCACGCCGGAAUUCUUCAACAACAUUCGCAACAAAGCCGGCUCCAACUGCAAGGGAAAGCAUUUCUACACCCGGAGGGCGUUUCUCAAGGCUGCAAAAUCCUACCCUCGUUUCGGUCACCUCGAUUCCGUCGAGGAAUCCAAGCGCGAGAUUGCGGCCUUCUUCGCCCAUGUCUCCCACGAGACCGGAGACCUAUGCUAUACGGAAGAAAUAGAACGAGGGACGUACUGCGACUCGUCGGCGGUAGCGAACCCGUGCGCUCCGGGGAGACAGUACUACGGCCGGGGCCCACUGCAGCUGUCGUGGAACUACAACUACGGGGAGUGCGGGAAGGCGAAUGGGUUCGACGGGCUGAGGAACCCGGACAUCGUGGCGAGGGAUCCGGUGGUGACGUGGAAGUCGGCGCUGUGGUUCUGGUCGACGAGCGUCCGUCCGACGGAGAGAAAAGGGUUCGGGGAGACGAUCCACAAGAUCAACGGGAUGGAGUGCAACCACGGGAACACGGAUGAAGUGGAGGAUCGCGUUAGAUAUUAUAGAGAGUACUGCAAGCAGUUGGGCGUCAGCCCUGGAAAUAAUAUCAGGUGUUGAGAUUUGAGACCAUUGAUUGAUCCUUCAGUUUUCCCCCCUGGGUUUUGUAAAAAUUACUUGGGACUGGGAGAGUAGUUAAGAUGAAAAUGAUUACGUUUUUUUUUUUGGUGGACAAUCAAAUAGCUAGCUUCAAUUGUUGAUUUUUGUGCAAGUUGGUUAAUUACUUAAUUAAUUCAUACUCAUGUUACUAUGAUAUCAUGCACCUCUUUUUCACUUUACAUGACUCCAACUUGAGCUGCAUUUCUUGUGUAUCACCUAAGAUAUGUACGGUCCUAUUCGUAAUUAAUUGGAAUUUUAUAAUCAAAACGAAGUAAUUAUGGAACAAAAUACGACAUAGAUGUUUACGUGGUUUUUUCGGUCGAUUUAGAUGAGACUAGUGCAUUGACGAAAUUGCUUUGUAUUCUUAUUCAACUUAACUUAGACAUCACCCCUUUAGAUCCUAAUAUAAUUUGGGUUUUCGUCUCGAAUCUUGAUUUAACCGUAUCUUUAUUAUGGUUUGAACCUAAAAUAAAUAAUUUGGGUGUUAAUUACAAUAACAGUCAAACUUGUUCUUUCCUCUCAAAUUUGGGUUUUGCAUAUUUUGGACCUGUAGGUAGGGCUGUUAAUGAGCCGAGCCGAACCGAGCUUUGCCUUGUUCAGAUUUGGUUCAUUUAUAAAUGAACCGAACUCGAGCUCGACUCGUUUAUUAACGAGCUGGGUCAAGGAGAGCAUGAGCCAACUCAUUUUAUUGAAUCUUUGCUCAUCAUUAAGAUCAAAAUUUCAUCUCGAGCUCAACUCUAAGAUAAUUUAUGAAUUAAAUACUGUUAGAACAUAAGCGUGCAAUCGAAAAUCCAUAUCAACACAAACGAACAUGAAUUUAACGUGGUUCACUAACACAAUGUGUGCUAGCUAAUCCAUAGGCAGGGGGGAACAAAUUUUAUUAUUUUAUUGAUUUGAGAAGAGUACAUGUUACAAACCAAAUUCCGGACGGACAAACCAAACAAACUAACCUGACUGACCUUACUACAGACUAAGGUGGUGAAGAGUAUUUAUAAUACUGUUCUCCUAAUCCCAAACAGAAAACCAAACAUCUUUUUCCAAACAUACAAGGAAAAGGUCAAAACAAAGCUCAACCACAAACCCAAACAAAAUAGGCCAAAACACAAAACAAACCCAAAUCAAAUUCAAGUCAUAUUAUAACAAAUACCAUAAUAUGUAUAUGUCAUAUAUGAUACAUGUGAUUAACCGAUCUUCAUUUCAUAUACGAGACAUAUUUGCUCACAUGCUCAACUCAUUAAGCAUUACAUGAGGUGUAAUAUACAAUUAUAUAUAUAACAAAUCAACUCAUAAGAAGAGAUCGAUUUUCUCAUAAAUCGUAAUCAAAAUGAGAUAGAUCAUGAGUCGAACUCGGCAAGGCACCUAAUCGAGCUAGUUCACGAGCCGAACAAGGUUGAGCUCAAACUCGGCUCGUUAAUAAACGAAUCGAGCUUAUAUUAAAUCGAACGAGUUUUUAUCGAGUUCGAAACUGAGUCAUUGGCGAAUAAUUUGACUCAUUAACCACCCUACCCGUAGGUUAGAUAGAUCCGAAAUUUACUUUUGGGCCAACUGACCCGUGUAUGCGAAAUUUGGGUUUUUGCUCUCUACAGAGAAGCUAUUAAGCCUAGCAAGCUAGCUUGGCAAGCAGUGGCUUGUUUGUGGGUAUGUGAAUGGGCCAACGGCCCAACGAGUAGGAAGUGAGCAUCGAAGUUGAACCCGCAAUCUGCGCCACAGCCGGCUGUUAGAUUUGAUUUAAUUAGCAAGUCAACCACGGAACUAAUUAAUGCUUCUUUUAAUUAACCACUUAGAUAAGAACAAAGAAUCGAAUGGUAAAAUACGCAGUAUUCAGGCGCUGACUGCCCCAUGCUCUGACAAGAUGCCCGUUGAUUAAGCCUAAUAAUACGAGGAAUCAGGC